AACGCGUUUCGGCUCAGGGGAGGAUGACUCGGCCCGACCCGGUUCCGAGCCCAUCGUAUUCCCAUCCCCUGCCUUGAGGAAAAAGAAACGAAGACCCCGAAAAGAAAACGCUACAUAGCUUCAGACCCCCCCUCGCAUUGCAUCAUCGACGACAAGAAGAAGAACAUCAAGAUGGCUCUGCGCCGCGACUGGGUGUACGAGAACAACGGAGGGACGUGCGUUGCGAUCGCGGGAACGGACUACUGCGUGAUCGCCGCCGACACGAGGCUUUCCGUAGGCUACAGUAUCUACACCCGCGAUUACUCCAAGAUCUGCAAACUAGCGGACAAGUGCGUGAUGGCAUCUUCGGGCUUCCAGGGUGAUCUAAAGGCUCUGCAGAAGAACUUGGCGGCGAGGCACCUGAUCUAUCAGCAUCAGCACAACAAACAAAUGAGCUGUCCUGCCAUGGCUCAGCUUCUGUCAAAUACCCUUUACUACAAGCGGUUUUUCCCCUACUAUACUUUCAACAUCCUAGGUGGACUUGACAGUGAUGGAAAGGGCUGUGUCUACACAUAUGAUGCAGUUGGAUCUUACGAGAGAGUCGGAUACAGUGCCCAAGGCACGGGCGCAGGACUCAUCAUUCCUGUUCUGGACAACCAGCUUAAGUCUCCAAGUCCUCUACUAUUACCUGCCAAGGAUGCCGUCACACCUUUGUCGGAAACAGAGGCAGUCGAUUUGGUGAAAGAUGUUUUUGCAUCAGCGACUGAGAGAGACAUAUAUACUGGAGAUAAAGUGGAAAUCAUGGUUAUAAAUGCAUCGGGUAUCCGGCAGGAGCUAAUGGAGCUGAGGAAGGACUAACCAUGCUAUCAAGGAAAGACCACCACUAUUUAGCCAUUGCAGCUACUAUUUGUUGUGGGAUUCAUAACAAAUCUGACUUUGUUUAGCAGCUUUAUUAUCCCAUUUAGGGACUCAAAAUGUGCUGGAUUUAUUUUCCUUGGAUGUCUUCAACAACUCGGGUAGAAUAUUAGAUCUUUAGGCAAAUCUCCAGUUUAGGUUGGAUUUUGGUAAGAUUGUUUGAUUAUUGCACCAA